AUGUCCGCUGCCAACGACUUCAAGAGUGGCGGCUCCCACAACUCCACUCAGCCUCUCCACAGCCACGACCAGUCUGACUCAGAGGACAUGCACCGCUAUGUGACCGAUGAGAUGCCGCGCACAGGCAAAAUGUCUGUGGCUGGUCCAUCCAACGACGGAGGCCCCAUCCUGACAGUGCAGCCUUUGCGCAAGUCCGACAUGCAACCUUCAUACGCGCAAGACUUUGGCUCCGGAUCUGUCACGCACGGGUUCUACGGCAAUAUGUUGUCUUCGCUUGGCUCUUGCAUCGGUAUGCUUGGCCAGUUUCCAUGCUGCCCCCUUCCAAACCCGUACAAGGAGGUCCACCAGGGCUCCGUGGGCUUGAUCAGCCGCUUCGGCCAGUUCUACAAGUCCGUUGAUCCUGGCCUGGUUGAGGUCAACAUCUGUUCUGAGAGCAUCAGUAUUGUCGACGUCAAGAUUCAGCUCACAACUGUUCCUCGCCAGACUGUCCAAACAAAAGAUAACGUUUCGGUCGAAAUUGACUCUGUCAUCUCCUGGCACGUGGUGUCGCCCUAUCGCGCCGCCUUCGGCAUUAACAACCUAGCGGGGGCGCUCGUUGAACGUGCACAGACGACUCUUCGCCAGGUUGUCGGCGGUCGGGUCCUUCAGAGUGUGAUCUCGGACCGUGAAGGUCUUGCGCAGGAGGUUGCCGAAAUUAUCGAAACGACAGCCGAGAAGUGGGGCGUCUCUAUUGAGUCCAUCCUUCUCAAGGACAUCAACUUUUCGGCUGAGUUGCAGCAGAGCUUAUCGUCGGCUGCGACUCAGAAGCGUAUCGGUGAAAGCAAGGUCAUUGCUGCCCGCGCAGAGGUCGACGCCGCUAAGCUUAUGCGUCAAGCGGCCGAUAUUCUUGCCUCGCCUGCCGCUAUGCAGAUCCGCCAGCUAGAGGCCCUUCAGUCCAUGUCACGCAGCGCUGGUUCAAAGGUCAUCUUCGUGCCCAUGAAUCUCGAGGCCAUGGGUGCAGCCGGCCUUGACAGCCAGGUUGCUAAGCAAAUCGCCUCGUCGUCAGCUGGUGGUAGCGAGCACAUAAUGGCACCCGGAAACUCGGCUGGGCAGGCUGCUGUCAUCACUUCAAUGUCUAAUAUCUGAACAUAGACCUUCGAGGUUCAUUCAGGUGACCCAGCGACCUCAGCAGGUCGUACCUUUCCUUUAGUAGUGUCGAGACCUCGCUUAAUCCACUGGGGAACGCCCAGCGACUAAUCAAGCCCAUCCUACUUAGACCUGGUUAUCUUGCAGUAUGAAUGUGCAUCACAAGUUCACGUGGAUCCCUCCUGGGCUCGCAUAGCAUCCACUGCACGUAGUAAAUCAACAUCCAGAGGGACCCGUU